GUUCCAUCAGGUGAGAAGAGUAAUGACCAUCCUUUUCCUUACUAUGGUUAUUUCAUACUUCAGUUGCAUGAAAGCUGCCCCCAUGAAAGAAGCCAGUGUCAGAGGACAAAGUGGCCUGGCCUAUCCGGGUCUUCGGACCCACGGUACUCUGGAAAACAUAGGUGGGCCAAUGAGUGGGUCAAGAGGAGGAGGACUUCCAUCCUUGACGGAUACCUUUGAGCAAGUUAUUGAGGAACUCCUAGAGGAGGAACAGAUCACAAGGCAGAGCGAAGAGAACAAGGACUCAGAUAUGUAUUCAUCCCGAGUUAUGCUGAGCACUCAAGUGCCUUUGGAGCCCCCUUUGCUUUUUCUCCUUGAGGAGUACAAAAACUACCUGGAUGCUGCAAACAUGUGUCCAUGAGAGUGCGCCGCCACUCAGAUCCAGCCCGACGUGGGGAGCUGAGCGUGUGUGACAGUAUUAGUGAAUGGGUGACUGCAGCCGACAAAAAAACUGCAGUGGACAUGACAGGACAAACAGUUACUGUUCUUGAAAAAGUCCCAGUACCCAAGGGUCAACUGAAACAAUAUUUCUAUGAGACCAAAUGCAAUCCAAUGGGCUACAUGAAGGAUGGUUGCAGGGGCAUCGACAAGAGGUACUGGAACUCGCAAUGCCGAACUACCCAGUCUUACGUGCGUGCGCUAACCAUGGAUAGCAAAAAAAAAGUCGGCUGGCGCUUUAUAAGGAUAGACACUUCUUGUGUAUGUACACUGACCAUUAAAAGAGGAAGAUAG